AUGUAGUUUACUUCUAGUAAGGAAAGUUAAUAUCUGUUUACAUUAUAUGAAAUGUGUCGAAGAAAUGUUAUAAAUUAAUCAUAAAAGGGAGAACUAAAAGGUAACUUUUUGCUUGUGAUUUAACAGAUUUGCUAAUUUAAGGUGACAAAAAAACCUAAGAAAUUUUGUAAAUUUAUCAGAAAAAUGCAAGUAAAUAAGAAUUAGAGAAAGGCAUCCUUGAAUUAUUGGGUAAGCUCUCCUAAGACAUUAUCUAGAUCAAUCAGACGGAUCUUAUUCAAUUUACAGCAUUCCUUCUUAAUACAAAUCUAGAAGACCUAAGCCUGUACAAAUUAAAUCACUUGAAAAAAAUUGGUAUUAAUUAAAAAUAUUUAAGGGCAUGUAAAUCUUAAGAUUCUUUAAAAUAAAAACCAAUUAUAUAAGAAGAGUUGAAUAAACUAAACAGGGCUAUAAAAGAACGAUAUUCUUUCAACCAUCUCGAAAUAUAAUAUCGAUUAAACAAUUAAGGCAAAAGAUUAUCUGAUAAUUUUUAUAUAGAAUCAGUUAAAACAGGUUUUUGA